AACCUGCUGAAACGUUCCUGCUGAGAUACUUCAACCAUGAUUAUUUGAUGAAAGCAGAAGGUCUCGGUUUCUGUGUCUGUUGUUCCGCACCUGAGCUGAAGUGCUGAAUAAUUCAGCAGCCGGUGAAGAAUGAACGACUCUCGACACCAGACUGUCAGCAUCCAUGGCAGGGGGUUCGCACUUCUCAAGCCAGGCGUAUAACAUCAAAAACAUGGAGGAGAGCUCGAAGAAGACGGGGCCGAGGAAGGUGAGGUUCAAGCUGGCCUCGUCGUACAGCGGCCGAGUUCUGAAGCACGUCUAUGAGGACGGCCAAGAGCUGGAUAGUCCUGAGGAGAAGUAUCCUCACAGCUUCAUCCACACAAAGAUCCCUCAGCACCUGGACGUGGAGCAGCUGUGCAGCUUCAAGGAGGUUCAGGAUCCCGAUGGAGAUCCUCCUACAGGUCUUAUAGCCCAGCGCAUUAACGUGUACCGUGCAGUGAGCGGCUUCAGACCUUUAACAUCUAGUGACCAAGAAGAUGAAAAGGCGGCGGUUUUAGACUUCGAAAAGAUCAUCAUCUAUACCAGCAACCUGAAGAUCAUCCGAUCUCCUAGUAAAAAGGUCGACGGUGGCGUAAGAUACCUCCACGGUCAUGGAGAAGGACGUGAGGGUUCUCCGGGCCGUGAAUCCAGAUCUAAAGGGAGACACAGGACGAAAAGCCCCCGUAAGGAGGAACGACAUCCUGCUCCUAAAGAAGAGGAGGCAGGUGGCUGUGAGCAGUGUGGAGGUUCAGGUUCUGCCCCGUGUUCUCAGUGUCAUGGCAGUAAACUGUCCAUGUUGGCAAACCGCUUUAACGAGUCGAUCCGAGAGUUACGCUGCCCGGCCUGCGAUCCACACGGAUUAGAGCCGUGUCAGUCCUGUGUUCAGUCCUGUGUUCAGUCCUGUGUUCAGUCCUGUGUUCAGUAAAGGUUCAGUCCUGUGUUCAGUCCUGUGUUCAGUCCUGUGUUCAGUCCUGUGUUCAGUAAAGGUUCAGUUACUGCACAGGACAACAACUGACCAGCACAGACAUGAUGGACAGAAUUUGUCUGAUAAAUAAAACCCAGUCUGUUUUGUCUUCACAUGAUGUGAGUUCAUGAGCUUUGUGCAUCUUGUUGUUUAAUAAAAUCUUUAACACCGAGUUUGUGAAAUUAAUGUGAAAUCUCCGAAAGAAAGAAACUGGAGUUAAAAAUCGACUCUUUUCCUUUCACAAAUAAUCAAGUGAAUAGUUUUGUGACAAAGAAAGAAGUGAAGCAACAAGUAAGUCAUUCACACUUAAAGCUCAGAAGCAGAGAAUCUCUGGAGCACUGGAUCCUCUGAGAAUCUACUGGAUCUAAAAGAGCAGAUUUUUGCUUGAUCUGUGAGAUGAAACCUUUUUGCUCAUGUUUGUAAUUUGAUGGAGUGUUACAUGGUUUGGAUUUUGCUUUGUUGUCGUUUUUUUUUUUUUUUUUGACGUUUUAUACAAUAAUAAAUUUUAUACAAUAAUAAUUUUUUUCUCCUCGUAACAUAUGAUGAUGUUUUAAAUCUAGUUGGAUGAUAAAGUGUGAUGUAGAUUAUACAAACCUCAGAAGGCUGAUGAACUGUCAUGCUGUUAUGAUCAUUACAGAUGUAGACAGCCCACAAUGACGGAUUUGUUUUCCUGUCACUUUCCUGUUGAUCAGCAUUUCUUUACUUCUCUGUCUCGACUAAUUACCGUUCAUUUAUCCUUGUAAUCAAAAUAGUACA